CUGGACCUCUCACACGUGGCCCCACCGCUCAGGAGCUUCUCCUUCCUCCAAGUCCGGCCCCAACACCCAAAGCUGAACAGAGAGACCCAAACCCCGCAGCCAUGGCCAUGGAGCGACCUGUGCGGCUGGUGCUGGAUGCGUCCCUCCUCCUCGAUCCCGUCGUCUCCGGCGGUGCAGGGCCGCACGAGGCUGCGCCGGUGCCCACGCUGCGUCCCGGGGCGGAGGCGCUGCUGCGGCGGCUGCGCCACUCCAAUCUGGGCGUGGCAAUUUGCCAUCCGGAGGAAAUGCCAACUACUGUGUCAGGCUUUCUUGAAAUGACAGCAAACUUGUACUCCUUUGGAUAUAUAUCACUACCUGCUCCCACUGGGAAUAACUUACUAAAUGAGUCGGUGUUAGAGUGGAGCGGAUCAAGUUGUUGUUUUUAUGCUACUUCCAGAGUUGAUGAAGAUCUAUUUUCUGAACUUCAGAGCCAUAACUGGAGAGUUAUUGCUGUAGAUAAUGAAUGUGGAACGAAAGAUUCGGGAGUUGUAAAUAUUGGCAAGCUUCAAGAGCUGCUUAUCACUUUGAGUAUUUUAAUAAAAAAGGAAAUGGCUAGUUCAUCUGUUUUGAUGGUUGGCUAUGCAAUGAAACCAUCCCGUGAGGAAGACUUUGCCAAGAGAGGAGCAUUUCCCCUUUAUCCUAGUGAAAAUGGACUUAUCUUUGUCCCACUCUCAUUUGAACUUCCUUUAGCCUCUCAACUUAAAGAAGUUGACAUAAUCCUCCACAAAAUGACAGAUGAGAUCAUUAGCAUUGAUCCAAAUUGCUCCAUCAGUUUUCCCAGGGGAAUUUCAUUUUCUGCAGGAAUGUCUGAAGUUAUAAGGUUUAUGGAAGAGCACCCUGAUUUUUGCAUCGUUGAUCCAUUCAAAAAUAUUUCCCCGUUGCUCGAUCGUCUGCAAAUUCAAGAAAUUCUAGUUAGAUUGCAAGAACUUGGCUCUGAAGGAAGGCCCAAACUCCGAGCACCACAUUCUUUGAAGGUAAUAAACUUCAAUGGCAGCGAAUUACAGAAGCAACUAGCAGAAGCUAAUUUAUCAUUUCCACUCAUCGUGAAGCCACAAGUAGCAUGUGGAGUUGCUGAUGCGCACAAUAUGGCAUUAGUUUUCCAAAUCGAAGAGUUUAGCAACCUUAGUGUGCCUCUUCCAGCUAUUCUACAGGAAUACAUUGAUCACGGGUCCAAGAUAUUCAAGUUUUAUGUAAUUGGAGACAAGGUUUUUCAUGCUGUAAAAAACUCAAUGCCCAAUGCAAAUUUGCUGAAGUCGUCAUCAGGAGAUGAACCUCUUACAUUUAAUAGUUUGAAGACCCUUCCAGUGGCUACUAAGGAGCAGCUACUGCAGAACAGUGUACAAGAUAACAAAUCUCUGAACAUUGAUGUAGUGGAAGAGGCUGCAAAACGGUUAAAGGAAUCACUUGGACUAACAAUUUUUGGAUUUGAUGUUGUUGUUCAAGAGGGUAGUGGAGACCAUGUCAUAGUGGACCUAAACUAUCUUCCGUCAUUCAAAGAAGUUCCCGACUCCGAGGCGAUGCCUGCAUUCUGGGAUGCAAUCAGGCAGGCAUACGAGUCGAAGAAAGGGAAGAUCGCGUGGAGCUCCAGGGAAACUUUCAGGAUUGCCGGCACAGUUUUGGCCUUUUAUUAUUCAGGUAAGCUUUCGUCACUAAUGGAUCGCACGAGGAGGUUUGCCGGCAUGGCGAGGGGCACACCUGCGGCGGCUCCGGCCCGGAAGGACGAAGACGAGAGCCUGGUUCUCUUUGGGGAGCUGUACAGGCAUGAUCAGGACAAGGAGGUGAAUCUCCUUGACCCAAUGUACUCUGUGGAGUUUGAAGCCAUCCAAGGUGACCGCCGCAUGUUCAAACUCGCCUCGGGGAAGCGAGAUUACCUACUCACAGAUGGCGAAAAGCACGAUUACGAUUGGCUCAAGACUCCUCCGGCCACCCCUCUGUUCGCUUCCCUUGAGAUGGAAGCUGAUUCCACCCAAAUGGUUUUCCAGAGGGAGCUGCCUAUCCUUCAACCAGUUAAAACUUCAAGGUUCUCAGGAAAGUUCGAUGCACCCAGUAGCACAUCUUCGAAGUCUGAAUCUCCUACGACGUCCAGCUCCUCAAAGUCGGCCACUCCAACAGCGAGACCCAGCUCUUCAUCAGAGAAAAAUCUCAGCACGAGAGGAUCCCCUGCUUUCUGCAAACAAGAGUCCCCAUCUUACAAAAUAGACAAGAGAUCAAGCUACACACCUCUGGGAAACAGGCUGCACAAUGCAGUGGCAGCUCCUACAACAGACACCAAGGCUGAUAAGAAAACCUCGUCAGACAAGAAGACCAUAGCCCCAGGCAGCACAAAGGCAGACAAGAACAUCGCUGACAAACCUGCGAUGAAGAACGUCAAGGUGGCUGCCCCAAGAUCCCGGACCAAGGAUCCUUCGGUUGGUGCAAAGGAUCCGAAGGUUGAUGCUGGCAAUGGUGGCGCCACAAGAAGAGUGUCGGUUGGUGCAAAGAAUCCAAAGGUCGAUGCUGGCAAUGGUGGCACCACAAGAAGAGUGUCGGUUGGUGCAAAGGAUCUGAAGGUCGAUACUGGCAAUGGUGGCACCACAAGAAGAGUCUCGGUUGGUGUAAAGGAUCUGAAGGCCGAUGCCGGAAAUGGCGGCGACACAAGAAGAGUGCCACGCCAACCGGUUGCAGCAACUGGCAUCGGCAAGGACCCUCCUUCGGUUCCAACGACGUCAAGAGGAAGAAGCAAAGGUGGCCUUGAGCCGGCUACAGGGAACAAUGUCCAUGUCGCUGACGGAGCUGCGGCGAAGGGAAGGAGGAGAGCAGGUGGGGAGAAGGAACAGCAGAGGCAACAAAAGACUGGAAGCCAUGGAAAAAAGCUGGUUGGGUAGCUUCCCCGGCCGGCAUUCCGCACCCUGGCCUGCAUUUUUUCCAGGAAGGAGAUGGCAACAUUCGGUUCAGAGAAGAACUUACAGUUGCCUAAAUUUGUUCAAAAUUACAACCUCCGUUUCAUAACGAAGUGUCGCUAAUUUAGCACAGCUUUAUAUUAAAUCAGCGACACUUAAUAUGCAAUGGAGGGAGUACAUUUGAUUGAAAGUUUCUUCAUAUUUUGCAAUAGAGAUUUUCACCACGUGGUUGAA